CCACUGUGUUAUUGCUGUAUGCAGUUUCAUCCCAUACGUGCAUGUACAGUCUCCAAGCUUCGGCCUUGUAUACAAUCUGUGCGGUGACAUUAUGCAGGUGUAAGAUCGCCAAGCAGUUGGAGGAAUAUCUCAGUAAAAUUUGUUACUUUGUGGUACUUUACAUUUAGGAUAAGAAAAAUGGAAUGCCUGAUCAGAGUUGCGGUCUUUGUUUUAUUAACAAUUAAUGUGUUUAUUGAUCCAUCGGCGGGCCAGACCACCGAGACGAUGGCAGAUUUGGAUUUUCCAGCGCUGAGCCUGGUGAAGAAAUGGGCCGAUAGCCUGAGUGUUUCUUUGACGUCAAACUUAGAUGAAGUGACCGGCAUUAAGGAACUUAAACAGGAAUAUGAGGACAAGAACUUGUCUUUGGAAUAUAUAAAUGGCACAGAACUGAUAGACGAUGUAGCUCAGAAAUGGCAGGGUAUACUCCAAAAGAAAAUGACUGCAGUGAGGAAAAUUGUAGAUAAGCUGGAGCAGGAGUUUGCUAAUUAUACUGCAGACCAUGAAAUUGAAAUUGAAGAUGUAGACUACAAGAACUCCAAGAAUCUGACAAACUUGACUCUUUCGUAUGAUGAUAGAUUCAUUUCUUACGUCAAUCUAAACUGCAGCUCGGUCCAGAUACCUACAGACAUCUAUGAGGGAGACAAGGUUAUCUUGAAUGGUAUCCAGGCCACCGAGGGUGUUGAUAGUGUCUUUCUCAGUAACUUUGAGGAGGAUCCCCAGCUUCUCUGGCAGUACUUUGGCAGUGCCGAUGGAUUCUACCGAUCUUAUCCUGCUAAGCAGUGGGUUUCUGCAGGGGAGCCUGAUAAAGACCAAUAUGAUGUUCGGCGUAGGGGCUGGUACAUCCAGGCUACUAGCUCUCCAAAAGAUGUCAUGAUACUCAUCGACUCGAGUGGAAGUACAUAUGGAAUGACUCUGAAGAUCAUCAAGGUGUCUGUCUCCAAGGCUCUCGAUACCCUUGGCAAUGACGACUUUGUUAACGUAGCAUCGUUCAGUAAAGAUGUCCAGAAUGUAAGCUGCUUCAAUACUUUUGUUCAAGCUAACCUCAGGAACAAGAAGGAAUUGAAUGAUGCUGUACAGAAAGGAGUGACUGCUAGUGGGAUAGCUGAUUUUGCAACUGCUCUCAAUUAUGCUUUUGAUCAAUUUGAGAAUUUCAACAGAACGGAGAGGCUGGGUGGUGAAGCGAAUUAUCAGGGCGCUGACUGCAUCCGAGUUAUCAUGAUCUUCACCGAUGGCGGAACCUCCUCUGAGGAGGCCAUCUUUGCGGCUCGCAACAGAUAUCCGUUUAAGGCUCGAGUGUUUGUGUACAAGGUGGGUGCAGAUUCUAUGGUGUCAUCGGACGGUAUCAGAGACAUGGCAUGUACCAACAAAGGUUACUUCAGUACAAUCCAGUCCUUUGGAGCUGUGAGACUCACAACUCUGGAUUAUGUUCCAGUUGUUAGCAGACCGAUGGUCCUUAGUGGUCAGAAGAACUUCCAGUGGUCAGAUAUCUAUUUGGAUGCCUUGGGUCUAGGAAUGAUGACAACGCUGACUCUGCCUGUUUACAACACAACAAGCUACAUUGUGCCAGGAUAUAACGAUACCAGACAGAGUCAGCAGCUGCUUGGUGUUGUAGGUACAGACAUCACUACCAAGAACAUGGCUGAUACAGUUCCUAUGAACAAGCCUGAGUAUAAUUCUUCAUUCAGUGAAUCUAUUGGACCACAGGCAUAUGUGUUCGGCAUCAACAGUAAUGGCUACAUCUUAUUGCAUCCCAGACUGAAAGCUGAGGAAGUGAUCGAAUCCAUUCUUGAGUUGAACUAUUUGUCUGAUCCACCCAAUGUGGACUUCUUGGAGGUAGAGUACGAAACUGAAGAAAAGAAAGCGUUGCGUAAAGAUAUGAUUGACAGAAAAUCAGGCAGUGUAGAGCUGGAUACCCCAAUCAUGUCCAGAGAUGAGAGAUAUCUGGAAUUUGUGAACAUGACAUAUUCCUACACAUUCAUUGACAACACAACAUUCAGUGUCGCGAUUGCUCAGCCCAGCUUUGACUUGUUUCAGUUCAGAGCACCUGAAGACAUGGAUCUGCGAGUGGCUUUGCUUAACAUAAUGAAUAGAGAUGACAUUCUUAUAGCUCCUUGGGAGUUUUGUGAGCAGUUUGUUGGAAUGGACCCCGCAGAUAUCACAACGAAUGAUAUCGCAACAGCCAUCCAGGACAUUAUUAAAAAUACCAGUGUUGGACUCUCAAGUGAUGGAAAUUUCAAACUUCAGACAUGUAAUGACGAGAUGGUGAGGAAACUCCUUGUAGAUGCUGAGGUAACGAGCAAUUUGUCAUCGUACUGGGAAACAAAGACUGAUAUACAAAUGGACCACGGCUUCAUUUUUGUCUUAGUUGCUACUCAAGGUGGUCUUACAAGAGUGUUUCCUGGAAGUACAAUAUCAACUUGGGAUGAUGGCGAGGUUCAAAGUAUGCAAGACCCAUGGGAACAGAGCUAUUAUCAACGCAGUCUCUACACUGAUAGAUACGUCUUUGCUGUACCAUACAAUAAUGGAGAAGGACCAAUGGGCAGCUUGACGGAUUUCCGCGCCAACAUCACCAUCAGCAAAUCAGUGGCUCUUGAUAACAAGGCCAUGCCUGCAGUGGUAAUGGCUAUGCUGGAUCCUGCUUACUUCAAUGAUUCAUGGUCCUUCACUUCACAGGGUUUCAACAACCGUACGUUGGAUUACUCAUGCGCAAACAUGGAGCUGAAAUGUUAUCUUCUUGAUGAUGGUGGGUUUAUCAUAGCUACCAACCAGAUAUUUGAACAAGAUGAGGUUGGUCGUUUCUUUGGAGAAAUUGAUGGUGACAUCAUGACUGAAAUGACCGAUAGUGGAAUCUAUGAUCGCAAGUGGAUGUACGACUACCAGGCAGCAUGCGAGAGACUGGCACCUAGUGACAGCGCUGGCAUAAAGUCACUGUUUGUGCCAACGCUUAAUGAUGUAUUCAAUUUCCAUAUCUGGGCUGUAAAUGCACUAUGGUCUUUUAUCCAUCAUACCUUUAUGGAUUUUAUGAUCUUUGGAUGGACUGAUGUUUCAAUGAUCGAUGCUACUGAGACGACCGAAUCCCUUGGCAAUGUGAGCUGUAUCAAACUGAUCAACAACUACUACUUUGGCCAAAACCUAAGCACCGAGGGUGUCAUGGAAUGUGUCAACUGCAGCAGGAAAUGGGCUGGCAGUCGAGUUGGUGGUACCAAUCUGGUGAUGAUUAUCACCGAGAUGGAAUGUGAUACUUGCCCCAUCACAGUCGUCAAACAAGCUCCACAGGAACUUGGUAGAGAUGAUGCUCCGAGCCCUUGCCUUGAGGAGCCAAGAUACAGGAGGAGACCCAGUGAGAAUUGCUAUGCUUUCAAUACAGCUGAGAAUACAUCAAUCUGCAGUGGUGUGGUAUCGCUAGCAUCGCCAUGGUUAAUUCUAAUUUUACACAUAUUCUACCUUGGUGUGGUAAAGCUUAUGAGCGCAUAAUGAUGAUCGACAACCCUUUUUUUGGUUUUUUCUGGAUAUUAUUUCAUUAUAUAACUAUCACAGAAAAUAUUACUUCAUGUUUUUAUUGAAAUGUUUGUGUUCUUGUUCUUUUUCUUAAAUUGUGUUGAUUUGUAAAUGUUUACACAAUCAGUAUAUCUACAAUAUUUUUAUGAUGUACUGGUAUUACAUUUUAACUUUCAAAGAGCAUUUUUGUUACUGAAAAUGGUAUAUAUAUAAAUAUAUAUACAAUAUUCUUGACAAAGUUCAUCAGCAUUAAUUUGUUUAUUUGUGUAAUUGCAAAAAUUUGACAAAAUCCAGUAAAAACAAUCAUGAAUUAGGAUAAAUCAGAAUAAUUCAGCAUGUCUAUGGCAUAGCACUUUUCUUUCUAUGUCAUUAUGAAAGUUCAGAUUUUAUCUCUGUUUGCUCAUAGGCCGAAGAAUUUUAACAGAGAAAUUGAAGUUUAGGAAAUGAUCAAUAUAUGCUUGGGUUAUUAAGAAAUGGGCUCACACAAACUAGAUUAUUUAGAUGUUUAAACCUGUUUGUAUAUUGUAUAUAGUUUGUUAAACGUGCAGAUAUAUUAUCAGUACAAAAUAACAUGCCUAUUGUCAGGAUAUUGAGAUUUGUGUACAAUUCCAAACAACUCUGUUGAUAUUACUUUCCAUUCUCUUCUUUUUUUAAUUGUACAAUAUUUUAUUGUCUGCCAAUAACUUGGAAAUUUGUUUCAACAAAAAAAAGAAGAUGUUUAUUAGAAUUGAUUUGAAUGAUUACACUUUCUUUGUAGAUUUUGUGAGUAAAACUGCCUUUUUUAGUGCCUAAGCCUAUUUAGUUAGGAUGUUGGUUAUUGUUUGGAUUUUUUAAAUUUGAAAUUUGAUAAGCUUAUCAAAUGAUAAAAAACAACUGCGAAAUUUCACAACAGUAAUUUCAUUGUAACUACAUGUGGAAUAUUUCUUUAGGCUGUUUGUCUUUUGGUAUUAUGUGACAUUUAUGUGUAUAUAAAGUUUAAAAAAACAGAGACUCUAUUUGUUAUGUCUUUGGUCAGAUCUAUUGAAUUUAAUGAUUAUCAUUCGUGCAGUAUUAUUUAUAAAAUUCAAUUUUUGUUGUGUAAGUUGGUGUAAGAUAUUGUUUAUCCUUGUAAAUUAGAUUAUAUCAAAUUGAGAUGUAUCGUUUUUGUGUAUUUGAUUUCUAUCACUAUUAUUGUAUGGAUUCUCUGAAGUUUCCAAGCCAAGUUUGGGCUUGACGUAAGACUUGUCACUUUAAAAAUAUGCAAGAUUGGUAGAGUAUGUUAACCUGAUAGGUCGCUGACAAAAAUAUAUUCAUAUUUACUCUGAUACUAUUAACCCCGUUAUAAUCACUAGCUUUCACAAAUACUAAACAAAUAUUGAUUAAACUAGACAUCAGUUUACAGUAGGUCGGUCAGGAGGUCUAAUGAAUUCUAUUGUCAGUUGGUUUUCAAAUGGAAUCACUGUUUUUUAAUAAAUAAGAGAUAGUUAUCCACUCUUAAAGACAAUGGGGUGAGAAGAAUGAUACAUUCUCUAUGAUAAGAGUUUAGUAUCAUCAUAUCCUAUUAUAGAGUAAUCUAUUUCAAUACAUAUAUUUAAAAGAACAACAAUCUGGAGAACAAAGAAAUUAGAAUAUAUAUACUUUUUAAUUCAAUAUUCAAUAUAGUUCAAUAUAUUUGGGUUGAUUUAUCACUAGAUAGUGUAACCAUAUCUGUCGGAACUCCUGAGCUUCCAAAAGAAGUUUUUCUUCAGGAAACCUCAAACAUGGCUCAAAUUACAUUACACGCAUUCAAGCCCCAAUUUACUUAAGAAUGUUUUAUUUUAUUUUCCCCCUUUUUUUUCAAUUCAUGAGCUUGAUGAAUGUUUAGAAGAGAGACAAGCAUUUUUUCAUCCAAUUUUGUUAGAGUGACACUAAAAUGUAAUCACUAUAUAUACUGCAUAUGUAUUAAUAUCUCAUACUAUGUACUAAUUAAGUAUUCAAGAUAAUAUUCAUUUUUAAAAUAGUUAUGAAUACAAUAUCUUGUAUGAUAUUGAUAAGGCUGAUCUUGAAAGAUAUAUCUUUUACCCAUCUAUUCAUAUAUGAUGUGCAAUACAAGCAUUUUGUGGCAAAUAUACAUGUAUAUAGAAUAUAUUAUUGACCUAUAUGAGUUCAUGUUAUUUGGCAGGUAUUAAAGAAGUAGUUUUAAAAAAAUAGAAAAUGUGAAAGGAAAUCGUUAUCUGCAAUAUUGUAUGCUUUAACUAAAUACAAGAGUUGCUGAUAUACAAUAUUCUUCAUCUUUAAAUUAGCUUCUUUGGUAUAUAGAAAAUGUAAAAUUGUGUAUAGUAAUCUGUACUCUUACAUUAAAGAUUAUAUAUUAGAUGAAUAGUGGACAAGUGUGCUGCUUGAAAUUAAAAGGCUAUACAGUAAACCAUAAUAUAACUUGGUGUGAUUGAAACCAUUUUACAGACCAUUAAUACACACCAUGUGUAUAUUUCUGCAGGUUUUUGUAUAACAGUUUUGAAAAUUUACUCUAUUGUUCAAAACCAAUUUCUUGGUAAUACCAUAAUGAUACGCUAAUAUUUCGUAACUUGAUCAUAUAUUCAUUAUUCAACAUUACAUACAUAUUCUAUAAUGGUAUGCUUUGACACCUCAUUUACAUUAAAUACCGAGGUUCUUGGUGGUGAUUGCUGUCCAUUAUUAAUUCUAUGAAUAGAUGAAUAGUAUGUCAUGUAUUGAUGUACCACUUUAAGACAAAAUAUCUGCUUAAAAAAAUGUUGUUAAGCCCCAAUAUGACAUUGGGGUAUGACAUUAGUAGAUAAUGUACUGUUGGACAUGUUAACCAAUAAUAUUCCCCAAGUUAAGCCCUUACAUGUAGUUAUGAGGCCAAACACUGAGAAAUGACUCAUAGUUUAUUGUCCCCUCUUGCCCCUAUUUGUCCUAACCCGUUUUAAAUUGUAAUUUCAUAUUUUUGUUUAAACAUGAGAUUACAACAAAUUUAAUGUUUCUGAGGAUGUCUAGAGAUAGAAGUAACUAAAGUUAUUUAUACUAAAAUGUAGUAAGCGAUCUUGUUUUAAGCCACAGUAGUGAAUAUAGACGAGUGAGAUUUUAUUACGAAAAAUUGUGUUAAAAGUCAUCAUUAGAACUUGUCCAAAUGAGACGGAAACCCUUAAUUAAAAGAAAAAGGAAUAAUUUUAAACAAAAAAGUAACAUACCGAACUAGGAUUUUGUUUUGGUGAUUGCCUUGCAUAUAAUCAUUUCUUGCUCCUGCCAUAUAUCUGUCAGUACAUUUGGAUUAAUAAUACUCAAGUACUUUAAUAUAACAACUUUAUAUAGUAUCAUGUAAACUAUAUAAUGUAUGUGGUGUAUAUCAGUUUUAGUGGUAUUAUUAUGCUUCCAUUUAUGUCAUGGUUUCAACAAAAUGGGAGCAUUCAAUGGAAAUUUUAAAGUUGGAUGCGAUUAUUCAAUGUAAAUCGCUGUUUUUUUCCAUAUCUGCUGCCUUUAUGUACAUAACAUUUUUUGUUCAAGUUACGUGGUACACUGUUAUGUUCUUAUCAUAAACAUACACAUGGUAUGGGGUGGGUGUGUAGAUACGGGUGAGUGGGAGUGAAAUCGCAUUUUAAAAAAGAUGAAGUAUGUUAUUUCACUUUAUCUAGUUGAGGAAACACAAAUAGAAGCAAAUAUACAUGUAUUGAAUGCGCACAUCCAUUUUACAGUUAUUUGUUUGCUUCAGAGACUAAAAUGAAGAACCAUGUUCUUGUAGAGGUAAUGGGUGAUUUGCCAUUUACCCAUGCCAUGUUUCUAUUUGUUGCCUGUAGAAAGAAAAAACAUGCUAACCAUAAUCUAAAAUUGGACUUGAUGAAGAGUCGGGUAAAAUUAGGAGCUGUAUUUCAAUCAUGGAAUUUAUCUUGUUUUUGUACAUGCAUGUGUUUCUAUAUUGAUUGAUACACAUUGUUGUGGUGGGUGCAAUCUUAAAGAUGAAAAACAUACUCAGACAAAAUGAAUUUAUCUAUCAUGCACUUUUGCCAGCUUUAUGUAUUAUGAUAAUGGACCUAUAAAAGAAGGUAGAAGAGAAAAAAGAGAUUUCAAAAUAUUUAUUGAUAUAACAUGGUUAAGGGGAAAUUGUCAACUGUUGAGAGCCAGAUGCCAUCUGAUCUUGACACAGACAUAUGAAAGCUUUUAGUAACUGAUAGUAGUAAGGGGAUAUUUAAAAUUGAUUAUGUGUUGGUGUGUAUCUUUUAUUUGCAAUAAAAACUUAAGCCUAUAUAAGGAA